AUGCAUUUCUCUUCUUUGGCCGCCUUUGCGGCUCUUGCUGCUGUUGCUGUCGCCGCGCCGACCAACAACGUUCAACGACAUGUCCUUCACGAGAGGCGGGAUACCUCUUCAGCGCAGUGGACCAAGCGCGACCGCGUUCACAGCGAUGUCAAGCUUCCCGUGCGAAUUGGCAUGACACAGACCAAUCUGGACAAGGGACAUGAUCUCCUCAUGGACGUGUAUGUAUCGUGUCGAGAAGCCCCUACAAGCGAUUGCUGAUGAGUAACACAGCUCCGACCCGGCGUCGAAGAACUAUGGCAAGCAUUGGAGCAUGGAAGAGAUCCACGACAUGUUCGCCCCAUCCAAGGACAGUGUUGAUGCUGUCCGCUCCUGGCUUGAGAAGGCUGGCGUCGAGGCGCAUCGCAUCUCUCAGUCGGCCAACAAGCAGUGGAUGCAAAUGGACCUAAGUACCGCAGAGGCAGAGGCUCUCUUGCAGACCAAGUACCAUUUCUUCGAGCAUGCGCCUUCUGGGAAGGCCACUAUCGGUUGCGACGAGUACCACGUCCACGAGGACGUCAAAGACCACGUCGACUACAUCACCCCAGGUAUCAAGCUCUACGCUACUCGCACAACUCGACCGCCUCCAAUGGAGAUCGAGAAGCGAACGUUUGGCAUUGGUUCGGGCGUCAGACCACAGCCUCCACUCCUGGAGAGUUUGCCACUGCCCAUAGAACAGAUUGUCGACACUGCUGAGAAUCUGUUGGGAGACCUCGCUCUUGGACUGUGCGACGUUGCCAUUACUCCAAACUGCAUCCGAGCAAUGUACAAUUUCACGCAGGCCACUACAGCCCAGCCUGGCAACGAGCUCGGUAUUUUCGAGGAUCUCGGUGACUACUACUCAGGACAGGAUCUCGACGAGUUCUUUGCUCUGCUAGCGCCACGUAUUCCUCAGGGUACUCGCCCAACUUUUGAGGGCAUUGAUGGCGCACCCAAUGGUGCCAAUGUAACGAACGCUGGACCUGAGAGCGACCUUGACUUCCAGAUCUCCUAUCCCAUUAUCUACCCGCAGAAGUCUGUCCUCUUCCAGACCGACGACCCAGUCUACGAGGCAAACUACACCUAUGCAGGUUUCUUGAACAACUUCCUUGAUGCCCUUGAUGGCUCUUACUGCAAUGCAUCCGCAGAGACUCUCGACCCUCCAUACCCACACGACGUGCCUGGCGGUUUCAUGCAGCCCAAGCAGUGCGGAGUCUACUCUCCAACCAACGUUAUCAGCGUCUCCUACGGUGGGCAAGAGUUCGACCUUCCAGCCUCAUAUCAGAUGCGUCAAUGCGCCGAAUUCAUGAAGCUCGGCAUGAACGGCGUAUCCAUCUUCAUUUCUUCUGGUGACAGUGGUGUCGGCGGACCUGCGGGCGACGACAACGCAAAUGGCUGCUUGAAUGCUACAGACGGCAGCAAUGUCGGGAACGUCUUCUCGCCAGACUUUCCAGCCACGUGCCCUUAUAUCACCGCUGUCGGUGCCACUCUCCUUACCGGCUCUGCCAAGCAAGACCAGGAAACCGCCGUCACAAGAUUCGCUUCCGGCGGAGGUUUCUCCAACAUCUACGCCCAGCCAGCUUAUCAGCAGAGUGCUGUCAACACCUACUUGACCGCGCACAAGCCCCCGUACCAAUCCUACACCGGCCCUAACACUGGGCAAGGAGUGUACAACGCUUCUGGACGAGGCUACCCCGAUGUCUCAGCGGUAGGAGACAACGUUGUCAUCAUCAAUCAAGGAGCGCCUACCCUCAUCGGCGGAACAUCAGCUUCUUCGCCAGUCUUUGCUUCCAUCCUUACCCGUAUCAAUGACGAGCGAUUGAAAUCUGGAAAGAACCCGGUCGGAUUCGUCAACCCAACUCUGUACCAGAACCCGCAGGUCUUACACGAUAUCACGACGGGCGACAAUCCCGGAUGUAACAGUAACGGUUUCUCGGUAGCGACAGGAUGGGAUCCCGUCACCGGCUUGGGUACACCCAAUUACCCGGCUAUGUUGGAGCUGUUUAUGGGUCUUCCUUAG